UAAGGCUGUAAGGCUAGCCCGGCAACAUUUGGUGUCAGAAGUGCUUGGGAUGCCUUCAGAGAGAGCAGCUGAGAAGAUGCCACCCAAGAGCAAGACCCAACCCCAGCAGAGGGAAGAGAAUGAGCAGGUGGACGCCAAUAUAGUACCAACGGAGCCUAAAGACGCUGCUGCAGCGGUGUCACCUCCAGCAGAGGGAGCAGUGGCAGAGCUAUCGAACCUGGUGAAGACCCUGUUACAGGCUCAAUCAGACCGUGAUGAAAAGUGGAAGAAGGAGGUGCAGUCCCAAGACCAGCGAUGGAAGACCUUGACCCACCAUUUCCACCUUCUUCAAGGACAGAUGGAGGAUAUUCGAGAAGGGAGCGACGGUUCCAGGUCCACAACACCUCAGUCUCCAUCACUGGGGGAGAGACAGCCCCAGCUGACCUUCAAGGAGCCCAAGCUCCACCCACUCACCAAAGAUGAUGACACAGAGCAUUUCCUGGCCACAUUUGAGCGUGUCGCGAAGACCUGCAGAUGGCCAGACUCCACAUGGGCCAUCAGGCUGGUACCUUUGCUGACCGGGAAGGCACGCAGUGCGUUUGUGGCAAUGGACCUGCAGGAGACAGAGGACUACGGCAAGGUAAAGGAGGCCAUUCUCAAAAAGUAUAACAUCAGCGCUGAUACCUAUCGUAUGAGAUUCCGCUCUGCUAUCAUCAUGUCUGGUGAGUCGCCAAAAGAACUUUAUGUGCGUUUGAGAGAGCUAUUCAUGAAGUGGGUGAGGUCUGAGGAGCACUCACUGGAAGACAUCUGCGAGCUAAUAGUGCUGGAGCAGUUCAUGGACAUGGUGAACCCGGACAUGGCCGUCUGGACAAGAGAGCAUGACCCCAAGUCCGCUGAGGAAGCAGCCAGCCUGGCAGAAGUGUUCCAGGCAGCACGACAGGGAACCAGGGGCCCAAGCGCCAACAGAUGGACUUCUAGGGAUUCGUUGCUCGUGGGCCACUGUGAGUCACUCAUUAUAUGGUGCCGUUCGUUUCCCUGACACUGUAACCUGUGAAGUUCCUGUGGUCCUCAUUAACCCCGGCUGGCAUGUGCCUGCCUUGUCUUAUCUGCCAUU